CACAUCAGAAAAAAAUCGGAUAUGGGAACAGGCAUUCAGAUUUGGUCGACUGCCAAGACGUUAGCGACGGGGGCCGUAAUUGGUCUCACCAUUUCCGAUCGCUACCUGACCAUAGUCACCACAAAGGGGGAUUCGAUGCACCCCACCCUCACCGCCGCCGAUAGCUUCUUCCGAGGUUGCUCGAACCAGGUGAUGUCGUGUUCGCGGAGCGAGGCUGCCUCGACAAGUACAAAUUCUCCCGGGGUGAUGUCAUUAUCUUCAAGUGAAUGCCCUAGUGAUCACAAGAAGGAUUUCGUGAAGAGAUUGAUUGCCUUGCCUGGUGAGUGGAUACGGAUCCCUGUGUCUCAAAAAAUUAUUAAGGUCCCAGCAGGGCAUUGCUGGGUUGAAGGUGAUAAUGCUGAUCGAAGCUGGGAUUCAAGGUCAUUUGGCCCAAUCCCUUUAGGUCUAAUAAAGGGGAGGGUGACCCACAUCAUCUGGCCGCCGUCGAAGAUGGGCCGGGUGGAGAGAAAAUGGCCUGAAGGUAGAGUUUCACCGUUUUAAUUUGACUCCUCACUGCACUGGAUGAUGGCCCAUUACUCAAUUUUGCCUGAUUCCUGGCAACCAGAUGUUCU